GCCCCGUCUCUGGCUGACGGCCGCGCAGCGGGUUCGGCCGCAGGUUGCUCUCUCUCUCCAUCCGAACCCCCCGGCUCCUCCUGGGCCACGGCGCGGCUGCCCGAGGUCGCUCCCCCGGCCGGGAGGGAACCGUUCCGCUCUAUCCCGGGCCCGUCGCUUCCUCGCCGUCGCACUACGCUCCGCGCCCUUCCGCUCCAGCUCCGCCUUUCCCUUCCGCGCUCCCAUGGCCGGGCCGGCGGCGCCCCCGGUCACACAGCAGGUCGAGCGGGCGCGGGGCUGCGAGCGGCGGCCGGAGCAGGAGCGACUGCGGGAGGCCGCCCGCUGCCCGGUGCUGGACGCGGACGGCAGGAGCGUCCCCUUCCAGGCCCUGUACGCGGAGCAGAAAGCGAUCGUGCUGUUCGUGCGGAACUUUUUGUGUUACACCUGUAAAGAGUACGUAGAAGAUCUGGCAAAAGUCCCCAAGGCAUUUUUACAAGAAUCGAAUGUGAGGCUUAUAGUCAUUGGACAGUCAUCAUAUCAUCACAUCAAGUCCUUUUGCAGUUUAACUGGAUAUACACAUGAAAUGUAUGUAGAUCCACAAAGAGAAAUUUAUAAAAUACUUGGGAUGAAAAGAGGUGAAGGUAAUAAAGCAUCAGUUUGGAGCCCUCAUGUGAAAUCAAACACUCUUCUGGGAAGUAUUAGGAGUAUAUGGAGAGCAAUGACUGGCCCAGCUUUUGAUUUUCAAGGAGACCCUGCUCAGCAGGGAGGAGCUUUGAUUUUAGGCCCAGGCAACGAAGUUCAUUUUUUGCACCUUGAUAAAAACAGGCUGGAUCAUGUUCCCAUUAAUACAAUCUUGCAGCUGGCAGGAGUUAAAACAGUGAAUUUCUCAAACCGACCCCAGAUUAUUGACAUAUGACACUGAAGCAAUGUAUACUUUUUUUGUAAAUUUGUGCUCUACAAGAACAGCUGUCCGGUGAAUUACAACAAGCAUUGGUUCUGUUGCUUCUUUGUGGGACAUCUGCAACCUUAUGUAGAAAAUCAGAGCAUAGAAUAAACUACCUGACACUAGAGAUGGAUACAAAAGUGCUAUUUCCAUUGAGUACAAGAUAAUAAAAACUAAAACACAACUGAGACUGAUCGCAAAAAAUCCUGGAGCUUAUUAUUGUCUCAUCAGACAAACUUGCUAGUGUUUUUUUAAAGAUCGUUGUUCAAGGUGCACUAAGGUAAAAAAUCAGAUUUUGCUCAGGAAGAACUUGGGAUUCUUGCCUUCAGCAGAUCAACACUGGCUUUCAAUCCUAGACUUUUCAGCACUGUUUUAAAGCUUCCAGCGCUGUGUGACAAUUUUGUAUUGAAAUACACCUUGAAAAGCCACAGUUUUGAACACCUGGACUUCAUUUGCAUCUCGCAGUGGCAGAAGUUACGAAACACAUUUCACAAAUUCAAAUAAAUAUUUUCAAUACAUCAUGCUGUAUUGUCUGCAAUUCUUUGUGUGAUACAA